GCGAGACGUGUAAAAUUUCUCUUUAUUCUUAUGAUUGAAAGUUCUUUCAAUAGAGAACUUUUUGUUGGCACUCUUAUUAUAGUCGUACAAGUUACCAAGCUGCUCUCCUAUUUACAACAUGUCUAACGGCAUACUUCGGGUAAAAGGCAAUCAAAUCGUCGACAAAUUUGGCAAAUCAGUCAUCCUCCGUGGAGCGGGUCUAGGAGGAUGGAUGAACAUGGAGAACUUCAUCACUGGCUUUCCAGCCCAGGAACAUCAGCAUCGAGCUGCCAUGUUAAAAGUCCUCGGCAAGGAGAAAUAUGAGUUCUUCUUUGAUAAGUUUCUAGAGUAUUUCUUCAUGGAAGAAGAUGCCAAAUUCUUUGCUAGUCUGGGCUUGAAUUGUCUACGUUUGCCAUUCAAUUAUCGUCAUUUUGAAGAUGAUAUGAAUCCAAGAGUUUUGAAAGAAAGUGGGUUCAAACAUUUGGAUCGUGUUGUUGAUCUUUGCGCCAAACAUAAGAUCUAUACAAUUCUCGACAUGCACACUGUCCCUGGUUCGCAAAACCCAGAAUGGCAUUCCGAUAACCCAUCAAACUAUGCCUCUUUCUGGGACCACAAAGAUCAUCAAGAUCGUACAAUAUGGUUGUGGUCGCAAAUCGCCGCCCGCUACCGCGAUAACCCAUGGGUAGCAGGCUUUAAUCCCAUCAACGAGCCCUGCGAUCCCCAACACCAUCGUCUCCCAGAAUUCUACACCCGCUUCGAAUCUGAAAUUCGCCAAGUAGACCCUGAUCACAUUCUCUGGCUAGACGGAAAUACCUUCGCCAUGGAAUGGAAACACUUCACCACCAUCCUUCCCAACUGCGCCUACUCUCUACACGACUAUUCAUCCAUGGGAUUCCCAACCGGUACCCCUUUCACCAAUUCCCCCGCCCAAAUCGACCAACUCGAAUCGAGUUUCCUACGUAAAUGCAAAUUCAUGCAAACCCACACCGUCCCCAGCUGGAAUGGCGAAUUCGGUCCCGUCUACGCCGACCCAUCUUUCGAACCCAACGCCUCGGAAAUAAACGCCCAGCGCUACUCUCUCCUAGGCGCCCAACUCCACAUCUACGAUAAAUACCAAAUUCCUUGGAGUAUCUGGCUUUACAAAGAUCUCGGUCUCCAAGGCAUGGUCACCACAUCUCCCUCCUCCCCAUACAAUUCCCUCAUCUCCUCCUUCGUCGAAAAGAAACGCGCGCUCCAGCUCGAUCUCUGGGGACCCCCUGCUUCGGAAUCGCUAGAUAAAGCAUUAGAUCCGCUCGUAAAGUGGAUCGAAAAAAAUGCUCCAAAGGCCAAAGAAGAAUACCCGACAACGUGGGGUAUUCAAAGACAGAUUUUGAGAGGAGUAGUACAAACGUACGCUGUGAAGAGUUUUUCGGACGAAUUUGCAGAGCUGUUUAGAGGGCUGGAUGAAGAUCAAUUGGAUGCUUUGGCGGGAAGUUGGAAGUUUGAAAAUUGUAUGCGCAGAGAGGGAUUGAAUAAGGUGUUGAGUGAUUUUGCGGAGGUGAGGAGAAGAGGUGAAGAGGAGUGAGCGGUUUGUGAUAUAGUGCUGCCGGUCAUAUAGUAGGCUGGGCCUGUAUUUCUUUUGACUGUUUUGCUACUAUUAUGAUAUUAUAUAUUGCUUGCAUCAAGAGAGAAGCUCGCUUUCCUAAAUUUCAAAUGAACAGAUCAAGGGGGAACCAAAAGCUAGCGCUUCCACCUUUGAUACCUCACUCCCCCACUCCCUCCGCCUCUCCGCAGUCUACUCAGAUGUAAACAGAACUUCAAACCGAAUAAGAGGCAGAAGCAAUGAAUGCGAUUAGCAUCCCCUACUACAAGACCAAUUAUGAACUAGCCGAUCAUACCAUCCAUCAUAAGAUACAAACCCCAAUCAAUUAUCUUUCACUUUCCUAUUCACAAUCAAGCACUAGUGAAAACAUCAAUCAUACGCUAAAGUAUUCCAAUUGUCUCU